UUUUGUAUUUAAAUAGUUUAAAUUUCUUCAAGUAAUUCUGAUUGGUUGAUCCCCACUAUAUUACUUUUCCGAGAUUCCAGUUUUCCGAAGUUCUGGAACGUUGUUAUGGAAUGGUACUCUCAUGAGACGGCACCUUGAUGCAGAUAAUUCGCAGGCACACUUGUGUAUAAAUUUGGAAGAAAAAAAAGAGCAAUUGAAAUGUAGAAAAAUUCAUAAAGUAUAAAAAAUUCAAGAAUAAAAAACAAUCGCUCUGAUACAAAAAUAAGCAGAAUCCCUUUAAAUAUUUAUUCAAAAUUUUUCGAAUAAAAUCCGAACUUUUGUUAUAACUUUAUAUUGAUAAAUUCGGGAUAUUUAUUCAAAAAAAAUAUCCAUAUGCAAAUAUAUAAACCGGCUCAUAAAUGCGACCGCACAAAUUUAAACUCCCAUGUGAUGUGGACAGUUUUCCACAAAUUGAUCAGAAGGUAGUGAUUGUCUCGGUAUUUGGUAAGUCUCAAUAUCGAGCUAAAGGAUGCAAGAUGGAAAUGCUCAGUUCCAUACUCCAGUUACAUCAUCUGGAUGAACCAGAGAUUGACAAAGAUUCUUGGUGUGAAAUUGAAGGAUAUUAUAAUCCUCGUGAGAAGACAGUUUUCUUGCACUUGAGAGGAUUCUUGGAUACUCAUACGCUUUUAAUUGAAUAUGACAAGUUCACAAAAAAUCAGAAUUGCAAGGACUUUCUCAGUGUAUGGGCACAUAUGAGAGAUAAAUAUGCAAAGGCACUCCUAGUGCUGUUUCAUAUAUCUCAUGUGAUUAUACUUACUCAUCCAACUUAUACCUUUGAUUAUAGUUACGUAAAUCUUUUUCGUGCUAUGGAUACAGUCAGGCAGAAAAUCUUGCCACAACUUUCCGAUGUGUUAAACUCUAUUCAUAAUCUACCCAAAGAUUGGAUCGCAAACAUCAGACCAUGCUCGCCGCGGGUAUUAUUUUAUUUUGAAACCUGUCCUACAGCGUUCCAAAAUCCAGACAUUGAUGCUAAUAUCAAAAAAUUAGAACAUUCCCUCGAAGAUCAAAUUUAUCAUAUGUUAAGGAAAAAUAGAAUUGUUACCAAUAUCAGUUCAAAUUCCUUGUUUGCGAUACCAGCUAAUCAGGAAUUCGUGUAUGUGCAUACCGGAAAUACAGAUUCAAGGGAUAUGCUGGGUCAUAUGGCGAGAAAAUUGAUGCAAAGCUGCAAAAGCAGUUCUGGCAGUACAACAUCGAGAAGUCUCACCAGUUUAGAUUCAAAUAGUAUUGUAACGGAUGAUACUGGAACUGAAUCUCGCUCGUUUAAACUAUUUUUGCAACAACACAUAAACUUGGCUUUUGCAAAAGGGUUUGACGACAACGUCGGCCGACACUCUGUACCAGCUUAUUUUGAAAUACCCACUCUGAAUAUAUUUUGCCAAGUAGCAAACAAGGUAUUCGAUUAUUUUAUUUAUGGAACCGACAAAGAACUGUCAACACUUCAUAAUUUAUUAGAUACCGAUGUGAAAUUCAGUAAAAGCCGAUGCAGCAAAGUACUUCCGAGAGCUUUACAAGCGUAUCAGGAGAACUUACCGCAGCAUUACACAAGAGCGUAUCACGAAUCGAAACUAGCGCAUGCGAUGGCAGUUUUCGAAAUGCAUGCUCGCGGUCCGUUGUUUGAAGAGUUCAGUGAAAAGUUACAGGCCGAAUGUGACAAACAUUGGCGUGCUGGCAGACAAAUGUGCGAAGUAUUGUCACUCACUGGUCAUCCUUGUACAAAUCCUAUUCACAGGGGAGGUAGCGAAGGUGCUGGAGGCGGAGAGCAAACUGAACCUAGAGAGGACGAUAGCGAACUACCUACCAGAGAACAUUGCAGUGGAGUUAGAUAUGUGUGUGCUUGCAAUUGUGGUCGAAUUCAAGGCUCCAGAGAAGAUCCUUUCAGUCUACGACAGGCCAAUUACGACUAUUUCCAAAUGUUAGCGAAGCAAUGCGGUUGCGCGCAAUUGGAGAGUAUACAGUUCCCCGUGUUUCAACCUAGUACACACAAUUACAGAGCAGCGCAAUUAUUUUCAGCGGGGAAACGCCACGAUUCCUUCAGUCGCAACGGAUCUUCUACGCCUCAGGAAGAUACGCAAGCUUGUAGUUUAGGAGCCGAUAGUUUGAAUGACGGAAUUACAGAUUAUGGUAGUGGCGGUCAAUCGUCGAUGACGAGCGAUCCGAUCGGAGAGGAUAUCCCCAGAUUGAGCGGCAAAACAAGUCUCACGCCGAGUGAUUCACAGAAAGUUAUCAUAGAAGUCACUGACAGCGACGCGGAAAACUCUAAAGACAAAUCUUUGGUCAGACAACCAUCGACAACAGAAUACCUGCCUGGAAUGUUACACACCGAAUCACCAUCCGGCUUGCUACCGCAAUUUUCUAGCUGGUCCCUGAUAUGUCUGGGACCGAGUAGUCUUUAUUCUCACAAUUUAGGAUUGCAGCAUCAAACCGGGGUAUUUCCUACCUCCGCAUUUCUACUCCCAUGGGAUGUAACUGUCAGAUUGGAGCAUCAAAAGGAGCGUAGUAACUCCUUGUGGCCUAUGAUGGGAUUUACAGGAUCUGAUCACGGGAUUCAUGGAAGUUAUUGUUCGCGAGGAGGCAAAAAUUUCCAAAACAUUAAUACCAUUCGUGGUCGUAAGUCCAAGGGCGGCAAAGAAUUUGUGGUAAAGAUAUUCGUCGGUGUGGAAUACGAGUGCCCACGCGGGCACAGAUUCAUGGCGUCCGCGCCUGACAAGGUACUAAAGACCACUGGAAAUGGAAUAGUAAAAGAUAGUGGAAAUAAGGUGACGUCCAGCACAGCCGAUAUGCCACUCUACUUUGCGUGCCCUUGCAGACAGACGAAACCAUUGAUCGCUCAAUUAAUGAGAAUCCACGUGGUAACACCUAAAGCACCAGUACACGUUACAUUGAACCCCCGGGUUCAACCUGGUCCUCCACCUUGCCCGACAUUCGUCACCGGAUGCGAAGAACCGAUCAAACUAUCACAAAGCGCAUACUGGAUUUUAAGAUUGCCUUACAUAUACAUGGGUGAGAAAGGACCAUAUUUACCACCUAAGGAACCGGUAUCUACGUCUCACGGGCGUUUGUUAGCCGGGAUGUACGGCAUAAGCGAAGUUAUGCCUGAGAAGAAAUGA